AUGAUAGAUCACGUUUUAGGACGGCCGUCCACCAAGUUUCGCAAGAUCCAGGUCUUCGCCGUCUUCCUGUUCUGGUCUACCUAUCUGCUUAGAGGAAACAAACAUGGCCCUCCGGUGAUACGGAAGCUCUCGUCCCGCCUCUCCAAGAAAUUGAGUGUCUGGCAAACCACCGUGUUCGUUUUCCUAUGGCUUUACAUUUGUCGAAAUUUUGCGAAGAUCGUCGGCUUGGAGUGUCCGGAGCCUUUGGCGAAUUUAUACUCGCGUUCCUUCUUCCGGGCAACAUGGAUUACAACGGCUCUGGACGCUGGGUUCUGGACAGCUAUGAACGUCAAGCCGAAAUGGCUGCGUGAUAUCUCCUCGUUAGUCUUCACGGGCUACUAUCUGUUUGCAGCAGAGCAGGCCGAUGAGAAGGUUCGUCGGGUUCGGGCCACCAUGACGGUAGAGCACUUGCGAGUCUCGUGGAACAAGGCCACCACCCCCUAUCUCUGGGCUUUGGCAAGUAUCAUGCGACCACGACUUACAAGAUAUCCUCCACGGGCAAUCCGGAUCCCUCGUCCAGGACAGUCCUCGUACACCGAGCCAACAAGUGCAUGGCUUUACUUUGACGGACCGUUGAGUGCACUGCGCGACCAGACGUGCAUCAUUCUAGAUAUACCGGGCGGUGGGUAUGUUGCCAUGAGCCCACGGUCUGCGGAGGACCGGUUGCUUGCGUGGGCUGGAAAGACCAAGGUCCCGAUUCUCAGCCUGGACUACAGAAAAGCACCAGAGUAUCCUUACCCCUAUGCGCUGAACGAAUGCUACGAUGUCUACCAUAUGAUCGUCUCUACUCGCGGUCGUUGCGUGGGAUUGAGCGGGCAAACGCGACCUCGAAUUGUCUUGACCGGCGAUAGUGCCGGGGCGAACCUCGCCGUAGGGACAACGCUGAUGGCUCUCCAAUCCGGGGGCCCGAACGCUCCUCGGUGGCAGGGUGACAAUAUCCUGCCACGCCCUGAUGGCUUGGUUCUGGCAUACCCAACGUUGAGCAUGAAGGUUGAAAGCUGGAUGACGGAGGAACAGAUGAGUUUGAUCCAGGAGAAAAGCACACGCCGGACGAACCAAGGUGUCCUGCAGCGGAAGAACAUGGACUACCAGCGAUUAACACCCUUCACCUCGCCGGGUCCCUCUGUCAGCGAUUUUCAAACCAGUCCUUUGUCAGAUGGCGAAGGUGAAACGGAUGGGAUCGUGAAAGAAGCGUCAAAGAUUAUUGAGGAGGAAUUAGCCCAAGAUACAAUCGCAGCCCAGGCCGUGGAGAUGACGGAGAACCAGCCGAAGCAGAUCAGAACGCGAUUGGCUGUCUCUUCGAUGAUCUCAUACGUUCACGACCGCAUGUUGACACCCGAGAUCAUGAGAGCGUUGAUCAUUUUAUACAUCGGUCCUCACAACCGCCCUGACUUCGGUACCGAUUUUCUUCUGUCUCCCGUCCUUGCGCCGGAUGCACUGCUUUCCCGCUUCCCGAAGACAUAUAUCAUCACCGGGGAACGGGACCCCUUGGUUGAUGACACCGUAAUCUUUGCUGGCCGACUACGGCAGGCAAAAUUGCAUCAGUUCCGCGAGCGUCAGGAGUUGGGUCUCGAAAAGUCGUGGCGUACCUUCAAGGAAAAGGACCAUGUAGAGGUAUCUUUGUUGCCUGGGGUGUCGCAUGGCUUUCUCCAGAUGGCGGGAUUCUUCCCCGAGAGCUGGAAGCACAUCAAUCGUUGCGCCUCGUGGAUCCAGGAUCUGUUUGAGAUGGCCGAAAGAAAGAAGGUCUCUCCUAGUUUUCCCCAAUCGUUGAUUGACACCUCUAGCCUGCACAAGACACCCAGCAAAGUACCUACCAACAAGGAGCGGACCCGCAAUCACAAGCGAAGCCUCACGGGCGAAUCCUCUGCCGACGAGGACAAGCCGUUGGAGAUGAGCAUCGGCAAGAUGACGCCUCUCAACCCGGACAACAGCCACCCGGGUCACGCUCGCAUCCAUCGAUCCUUCAGCAGUGGCGUCCAGCUGGUCAACCAAGAGAUUCACUCCGAUAACGAGGUUCCCCGAUCCCGAAGCGUGUCGAGAGGACGCACCCCGCGCCCCAGCGGGCUCGCGAGGAAACGGCGGUUUGCGCCUACAUCCCUGAAAAUGCCCAGCGUGAACGGAUACACCUCCGACGGACCGGAAAGUCCGGCGUACUUUCGUCGUAGGGAUGGUAGCCUGGACAGUCUCUCCAGCGAGGAGGACCUGCUUCACCGCCGAAUGAAUGGGAUUGCGGGGGGAUUGAUGGGGAUUGGCGAGGGAGCGCAAACUCCGUAG